AUGGUGUCCUGGCGGCGGAGGCCGGGGCCCGGCCUGGCGCGGCUGUGGGGCUUCUGCUGCCUGGUGCUGGGCUGCUGGCGGGGCGCGCUGGGCUGCCCCGCGUCCUGCCGCUGCAGCUCCUGGCGGAUCUGGUGCGCGGAGCCGGCGCCGGGCAUCGCCUCCUUCCCCGUGCCGCAGCGGAGCGCCGAGGGCGACAAUGUCACCGAGAUUUACAUCGCAAACCAGCGAAAAUUAGAAAGUAUCAAUGACAAUGAAGUUGGAUUUUAUGUUGGACUUAAAAAUCUGACUGUGGUGGAUUCAGGCUUAAGAUUUGUGUCCCGUCAGGCAUUUGUGAAAAAUGUCAACCUACAAUACAUCAAUUUAUCCAGAAACAAGCUCUCAAGUUUGUCCAAGAAGCCUUUUCGCCAUCUGGGUUUGUCUGAUCUGAUAUUGGUGGACAAUCCAUUCAAGUGUUCCUGUGAAAUUAUGUGGAUCAAGAAAUUUCAAGAGACCAAGUUUUACACAGAAACUCAGGAUUUAUAUUGCAUAGAUGACAACAACAAGAGGACAGCCUUGCUGGAUAUGAAGGUCCCGAACUGCGACUUGCCCUCAGCAAACUUAAGCAAUUACAACAUCACUGUGGUGGAAGGAAAGAGCAUCACAUUGUACUGUGAUACUACUGGCGGGCCGCCCCCUAAUGUGUCCUGGGUGCUCACUAAUCUUGUUUCAAACCAUGAGAGUGACACAAGUAAGAACCCUGCCUCGCUAACCAUAAAGAAUGUUUCAUCCAUGGACAGCGGACUGUGGAUUUCCUGCGUAGCAGAGAACAUUGUGGGAGAGGACCAAGCCUCUGCCGAGCUCACAGUAUUCUUUGCACCAAAUAUCACGUUUAUUGAAUCUCCAACCCCGGACCACCACUGGUGUAUUCCAUUCACUGUGAAAGGGAACCCAAAGCCCACAUUGCAGUGGUUCUAUGAAGGGGCUAUACUGAAUGAGUCUGAAUACAUCUGUACUAAAAUACACGUUAUCAAUCAAAGUGAAUACCAUGGCUGCCUUCAGCUGGACAAUCCUACCCACCUGAAUAAUGGUGCUUACACCUUACUGGCAAAGAAUGAGUAUGGAGAGGAUGAAAAACGGGUUGAUGCUCAUUUCAUGUCAGUGCCUGGAGAUGAGUAUGAAACCACGCCUAAUGAUCUUGGAGACACCACAAAUAACAGUAAUCAAAUCACUUCUACAGAUGUUUCCAACAAAGAGAAUGAAGAUAGCAUCACUGUGUAUGUUGUGGUGGGAAUUGCAGCACUGGUGUGCACUGGCUUAGUAAUAAUGCUCAUUAUUCUGAAGUUUGGAAGACACUCUAAGUUUGGGAUGAAAGGUCCUUCUUCAGUUAUCAGCAACGACGACGAUUCAGCCAGUCCCCUCCACCACAUCUCAAAUGGCAGUAACACUCCAUCUUCUUCUGAGGGGGGUCCUGAUGCAGUCAUCAUUGGGAUGACGAAGAUUCCCGUCAUCGAAAAUCCCCAGUAUUUUGGAAUUACCAACAGUCAGCUCAAGCCAGACACCUUUGUGCAGCACAUCAAGCGACACAAUAUUGUUCUCAAAAGAGAACUGGGAGAAGGAGCCUUUGGGAAAGUCUUUCUGGCGGAGUGCUAUAACCUCUGUCCUGAGCAGGACAAGAUCUUGGUGGCAGUGAAGACACUGAAGGAUGCCAGCGACAAUGCCCGCAAGGACUUCCACCGUGAGGCAGAGCUGCUAACUAACCUGCAACACGAGCACAUCGUCAAGUUCUACGGCGUCUGUGUCGAGGGUGAUCCGCUCAUCAUGGUCUUUGAGUAUAUGAAGCACGGAGAUCUUAACAAAUUCCUCAGGGCACAUGGACCAGAUGCAGUACUGAUGGCAGAAGGCAACCGUCCUGCUGAGCUGACCCAGUCCCAGAUGCUUCACAUUGCCCAGCAGAUUGCAGCUGGAAUGGUUUACCUGGCGUCACAGCACUUUGUGCAUCGGGAUCUUGCUACGCGAAAUUGUCUGGUUGGUGAGAACCUACUGGUGAAGAUUGGGGAUUUUGGGAUGUCUAGAGAUGUGUACAGCACGGACUACUAUAGGGUUGGGGGUCACACCAUGCUGCCCAUUCGUUGGAUGCCUCCAGAGAGUAUCAUGUACAGGAAGUUCACCACAGAAAGUGAUGUCUGGAGCCUGGGGGUUGUAUUGUGGGAAAUCUUUACCUAUGGCAAACAGCCAUGGUAUCAGCUCUCAAACAACGAGGUGAUUGAGUGCAUCACUCAGGGCCGAGUCCUGCAGCGACCUCGCACGUGCCCCAAGGAAGUGUAUGACUUGAUGCUGGGCUGUUGGCAACGGGAGCCUCACAUGAGGCUCAACAUCAAAGAAAUCCAUUCCCUCCUCCAGAACUUGGCCAAGGCAUCUCCAGUCUAUUUGGAUAUUUUAGGCUAA